AUGCCGUACAGCAAGGCAUGGCGUAGCGCCAUAUACCCGGACUUCCGGGACCAGGGCGCCUAUGUGGACUACAAGGCAACCAAAGACAUUCUCCACCGCAUGAAGGAAAACAUCGCCAACCCGUCGACCCCGGAUGAGCUCUACACCUCUCUCCUGUCACAGAAAAUGCGCGUGUACGAGUGGUGCGAACGCAAGCAGGAGGAGUUGCUGAAGAUGUCACUGCGCCUCUACGAGUGCUCCAAGUACCUGACAGAGGAGGAGGUGCUGACGAACUGGAGUAUCACCCUGGCCAGCGCGCCCAAGGACAAGGGGAAGCGCCUGCUGCCGCGCGAGGCACGCCUCAUCGCGGAUGCUAUCGUGCACGAGCUGCUCCGCUUCGUCGAGUGCCGCAAUCUCAACACUGACACCAUCGAGCACAUCAUUGGCCGCAUGUACCGAUACGCUGUGUUGGGCCCAACCGGCGACCGCUGGAAGAACAUCUACGUCGAGUAUGACUACGAUCAAAUCUCUGUCGAGGAGGUCUUCCUCCUCCUUUCGCGCGUCUACGACUGCGUCAAGCAGACGGAGGAGCGCAUUUCGGCCAAGGGGAAAUUGAGCAUACCCACCGGCUCCGAGGGCUCGCAGGUGUUUGACCGCCGCUCCGUUAAGUACUGGGUGCACCUUCAGGACCUCCCCUUCGUCAUUGCACGUAUUAUCCCGCACCUGCCGCUCAGCACCUUCAAGGACACGUACCAGGAGUGUAAAACGGCGGGCAUCCCGUUCCGCCUCUUCUCGCCCGUCAGCUCCGUCUACUACGACAACAACAAAUUCCUCCUCUACCACCGCCGCCUGGAGCGCAUUGAGGGGAGCACGCUGAUCCGCAUGCGGUGGUACUCGGACACGUACUCCGAGGACUGGAAUGCGCUGCAGGAAGACGACAAUGUGUUCAUGGAGAUUAAGGUGCACCACGAGGCGUGGAGCGGCGAGCGCAGCAACAAGCGCCGCUUUGCCAUCAAAGAGAAGGAGGUGGAUGCGUUUGUGCAUGCGCAGCUGAGCCUGCUGCCGGCGCUGGAGAAGCUGAAGCGUAAAAACGCGAGCGAAGAGGAGCAGGAAAAUUUCAAGUCCCUGGCGACGGAGAUUCUCUCGAAGAUACAUGCCUACGAUCUGAAGCCGGUGCUGCGAACACAGUGCGGCCGAGCUGCCUUUCAGCGCGGUGCCGACCAGAAGGUGCGUGUGAGCAUCGACACGGGUCUGCACAUGUCUGCCGAAGACUUUGGACUCGACCAUCACUGGCGCUACACCGGCGGCGACUCGCCUGUCUCCCACUUCCCCUACGCGGUGGUCGAAGUGAAGCUGCAGUGCACUGAAAAUGAGCGUAUUGCUCCAUGGAUCGAAGAGCUGAUGGGGUGCCGCUACAUGGAGAGCGUCCCCAAGUUCAGCAAGUACGCGCACGGCAUCGCCUCCCUGUACGGGCACACCUCCUUCAUCAGCAUGGUACCGUACUGGAUACACCAGCUCAACAUCGACAUCCGCGCCUCGACGAAGCCGGAGGUGCACCUCUGGGACCCGACGAUGGGCCUGGCCGCUGGCUGCCUCGAGCGCACGGCCGAUCGUUUGAUAUUCGGUACCAACCCGGCGCAGACGCAGACGGUAGGGGCGUCGGAGGCGCAAUUCCUGCCUCGUACAGAUUACGCCAAGAUUUACCAGCGUGUUCUACGCAUCCUCCAGCACGAUGCCAACAGGACCGCGGAGAGCUCGGCAAAUGCGUCAAUGGUCGCGGCGUCGACAACGAACUCCGUCGGCGUUGUGGAUGGCGUUGCGGACGGCAAGGCAAACAAGAGCAUGAAAGAGGGGGCCCAGGGAGCAGAGAUGUCGGCAACGUCAGCCGGCGCCGGCGGGGCACAGCUUGGCCUCUUCCCCGUGGUGCAGUACCCGGUGGAUCGGCGCCAUAUGGCAUACACCACCUUCCACCUCUACCCCUACUCGGAGAGCGGCACGGAGCCGCUCUGCUACGACCCAAAGGACGGCAAGAACGCGUUCGCACAAGUGUUCUACGGCAAGAUCCCGUGGCAGACAGGUAAGCGCAUCAAAGUGCCACAGAAAUACGACCCCAAGACGUUGUUGACCUCGGAGCGGUACAUGGCCAAGUGGAUGCAGCUCGCCACAGAGUUUGGCCUCCUAGGCCUGUCCAGCAUUCAGUUCGGCAAGGGGCUCUUUCUGCCAGAAGACGUCGCCAACUACUCACCAUUUUGGAAGGACAACUUCCACGUUGUGACGGGGGUUGUCAUGGUCGUCAUCGCCCUCCUCACGCAGGUGUACGCGUAUGUUGCCUUCAAGGCGCGCUCCAGGCGUGUCUAUGCGCGCCGCAAAAUUCGCUACGACGACGUCGUGAGACCAACACUGCUGACGUUCUUCCUUGCGGUGAGCUUUGUCGUGAUUGCUAUGACCCACGUUGCACGGCGGUACGGCCCGAUGCUGACGGGAAGCGAUUCGUUCUAG